AUGACCGACCAGACCUUCCACAAAACUCGCCAGGACCUGCGUAAGCCCGAGUCUCGCCUGGCUCGGCAGCACGAUGGUAAGGUCCCCGCCGAUUCAGAUGUAUCUAAAAUGAAGUCCAUCAUCGAUACGAACACCGACAAAGCCCAGCAAAUCGACCAGGCCAAGGCCAAUCUGCCUCUACCUGAACAGCCCCCAGUUGCUAGCGACUGGAACUCCUCCGACCAGCGAACCGUCAACGUGGGCUCUGGUAGAAUUGAGGGCCCCAUCUCUGGUGACAACGAUACCGCUCUCCGCGGCCCCGCCACAGCAGGAAGCAGUGCCCGCAUCAGCGGCGAGGAAUUACACCGGCCCACUGCACCGUCCGGCAAAGUCGGGCGCCAGGGGGUGGAGGGCCUAGAUAAUCUCCCUUCUGAUGCCAAGUCACGUUAA